AUGACGGACCUCAACCUUGAGCAGGUCCGCGACACCAUGGUCGCCGUCGCCCACGAGGCGGGGCGCAUGAUGCUGGCCGCCAACCCGGCCGAUAUUCCCUCAGACACCAAGCUCAACGCCGUCGACAUCGUCACCGAGGCCGACCAGGCCAUCGAGCGCAUGGUCGCCGCCAAGCUGUCGGCCGCGUUCCCCUCGGUCGCCUUCAUGGGCGAGGAGACGUACAAGCCGGGCAUGAAGCUGGGUCCGGAGCCGACCUUUGUCGUAGACCCGAUUGACGGCACUACCAACUUCAUCCACGGCUUCCCCAACGCGUGCAUCUCGCUCGGCCUCGCCGUGGACCGCACGCCCGUCGUCGGCGUCAUCUACAACCCGUGGCAAGAGCUCCUCUUCACCGCCGUCCGCGGCCAGGGCGCCUUCAUGACCCGCGGCAGCCGGGACGCCACCCCUCGCCGCCUGCCCCUCGCCGCGACCGCGCGGCCGCUGACCACGCUCGGCGAGUCGCUCGUCGCCGUCGAGUGGGGGUCUGUCCGCGACGGGCCCAACUUCGACGUCAAGGUCGAGACUUUCCGGCGGCUGGGCGCCUCCAAGGCCCUUGGCGGCGCCAUGGUGCGCUCGAUGCGCUCGCUCGGCUCCGCGGCGCUCAACCUCGCCGCCGUCGCCGCCGGCGAGCUCGACCUCUACUGGGAGGGCGGAUGCUGGGCCUGGGACGUCUGCGCCGGCUGGUGCAUCCUCGCCGAGGCCGGCGGCCGCGUGGUGAGCGGGAACCCGGGCGACUGGGAGCCCGCGGUGGACGGCCGCGUGUACCUGGCGGUGCGCGGCGCGCCGAGCGGCCAGAGGGAGAUUGUGGAGGAGUUUUGGGGCGUCAUGGGCGACGGCCGCAUGGACUACUCGUCGUGA